GUUAUCCCUGUCAGGCUUGGUUUGGUGUUUCCGAAAUCCACCAGACUUUUUUCCCUUGCCAACCUCAACUAAAAGGAUGGAGAAAGGCGCGCAGGUGUCCAAAAGCGCUGAGAGUCCGGCGGAGGAUAUCUCCAAAAUCAGCGACGAGGAGCUGCUGAAGUGGGGCAAAGAGGAGCUGGUGCGGAGACUGCGGAGGGCAGAAGCGGGGAAGAGGAGCGCCAUCGUGGAGCACGGCAAUCUGAUGCGGGAGGUCAACCGGAGACUCCAGCAGCACCUGAACGAGAUCCGUAGUCUAAAGGACGUGAACCAGAAACUGCAGGAGGACAACCAGGAGCUGCGGGACCUGUGCUGCUUCCUGGACGAUGACCGGCAGAAGGGAAAGCGUGUUUCGAGGGAGUGGCAGCGUCUGGGCCGCUACAGCGCCGGCCUGAUGAGGAAGGAGGUGGCCAUCUACCUGCAGAAGCUGAAGGAGCUGGAGCAGCGCCAGUUGGAGGUCAUCCGGGAAAACCUGGAGCUCAAGGAGGUGUGCCUCAUGCUGGAGGAGGAGAGGACUGCGGCCGUGGCUGGAGGAGUUGUGGGGGGGCACGGAGGAACCGGGCGUAGGAGCUCCAUUGACAGUCAGAGCAGCUUGUCUCAAAUGGGUGGAGGUGUCCCAGCACCUGGCCUGCUGCGGGAUGUAGGCGAUGGAAGCAGCACCUCCAGCGCAGGGAGCACGGACAGUCCAGACAACCUCAAACCCCCCCCCCUGGACUCCAACACCAGUCCUGGGUCAAGAUGCAUCUCUUCGGAACACCACCGGAAACCAGGAGAUGUGUGUGAAUCCACAGGAAGGAGGCACAGCUCCACCCCGGAGUACUACACAUUCCCCCAGUCGUGCCGCCCCCGAGGGGGAUCCCUCACUGACUUGGACCCUCGUGGCCUUCGGAGUCACAGCCAGGAGAAACACAGUAAGUCUCCCACCAGGAUACCAUGUGACUCCAACCCAAAACCCCACAGCUCUGACCUACUAGCCCACAAACAGCUAUCUAUGUCAGGGCAGGCAUCACCCGGCCGUGGGAAGAACACCGCCAAGUCAAGCCCAGAGCUGGGUCAGAGACACCGCUCAAGUCACAUGGGGGGGGCAUGCUGUGGGAGUCCGGAGGCCAUGCUUGCAGCGAUGGGGACCCCAGAGCACCUGAGGAAAGGGCGGGUGAUCGUGGGUAGUCCAGAGUCUAUACGGCACCACCAGCACUAUCAGCACAGCCCCGGGAUGGAGCACGGUAAGGGGAGGUUUAGCGGUGGAUCCCCAGGCAGGGAGCAGAGGAGAGCAGCGGGAGAGGAGAUGGCCCCCCACCACCAUAGUCUGUACAACGCUCUGAUAUCUGCUGGUUGCUGCACCAAUUCCUGUCGCAGUGUAAAUCUUUGGGACAGCUUUGAUGCUUCCUGACCAUGACAUGCCUCUUGAUCAGAUGCUGCUGCAAAAACACACACCCAGAGGACCAGAAGGAGGGUUGUUAGCGAGAUGGAAGGAAAGAAGGACAAAUGGAUCGAGGCAUAUAUGGAGAAAUUAUAAUGAAAUUCUAAAUCAAGCAGUGAGGGCCAGUGAGCAGAUGAUAAAAACAAGGUGAACAAAAAACUGGAGACACUCUCUUUGCCCUACUGCUGCUGCUGCUGCUAUGCAUAUCCCGUGGACCACCAGAAAAAAGAUUGAAUGUUAUUAUUCGUACAGACAGACACUUGUCACAAUGAAGAGAGAAAAAUAAAUAUGACAGCUGAGAGUCUUUGUGUUGCCAACAAACUAUUCCUACCUCUUUGGAAAGACAGAGAUCGCCUGGAUUAAAGAACGGCACUGAGUAAAGUGGAAGUUACAGCCCCACAAUUACUACAUCUGUAAUAUGUGUAGCUUAGAUGCAACAUGUGAUGAAGGUAUUUUAUGAAGUCAUUAUGAUCCUGGAAAUAAAGCACAAAUAGGUCAUUUUAAAUAUGGUUAAAAUGAUAAAUCUGUUUUAUUACAUUUCUGGCCAAGCCUCAUGCACAGUAGCAUUGUAAUCACCCAAAUAAUUGCUGAGAUCUGCGAAACGGAAAUAUUGCUCCAACAUUGCAAGAAACUGAGUUCAUAAAUAGAUAGAUUUGAGGUUACAAUGAAAGUAAGUGCACAAAUGUCAAUAGUAAUCCCUCACUGCACAUGAAAACUAUGGUCACACAAUCCAGUUAUUGUUUUAAGCCAAAGUACAUUUUCAGCGUUUAAAUCUCUGGUGGUGUGGAGUUCCUCUGUUCCUUUUCUGUGCAACAAGGUAUUGCUGUAUUGACAGAGAAUUGACUGCCAACAAUUUAAAUAAUGUCUGAACCAAUAAUAUAUUUUUUUACUGAGUGUCAAACUGCCGGUCAUUUAGCACAUUAUGGUUGUGUGACAUUGUGGUCAGGAUUUUUGACAUAUUUUAACAACUUACAGGCAAAACUAUUUACUGAGAAAAUUAAAGAUUGUUGUGGCAGCCCUAUUUUUGAUUUACGAUAUAACUCGCUAGUUACAGAUAUCUGAUCCCUGUCAUCGGAGCUGUAUAAC